AUGAGAGCUCCCGAGACACCUGAAGCAUUUCCGAGUCCAGCUGGAGACCGCGUCCUCAUGGUUACCUGGCAGACCAACCCGACGCUGAAGCACGUAGCGGCAACGUACAUUGCAUUGGCCGGCACUCGGAUCGACCCGAAGAGUCGCCACAGGCGAGACACAGACUUGUAUAAGAAGACCAAGCGAUUCGCUUUACGAUUCGACCUGCUGGACGUUGCCCAGAAGACAAGCAUUCGCGUUCCACUUCCGAAGGACUGCGCCGUUCUCAGCCCGGAUUGGAGCGCUGAUGGAAAGUUUUUUGCUUUCGAAAAUGUGACGCCGAACGCUGUGGAGCUCUGGGUUGGCGAUGGACACACGGGCGCCGUUCUCCGCGUGCCUGACGUUCGACUCAAUCCGGCUCUCGAUACUGAGCCCCUUUUCAGGAGAACCCGAUGGAUGCCAGACCAGAAAACUCUGAUCGUGAAACUUGUUCCAGAAGGUAUCCCUCCACCGCCGCCGAACCCCGUCAUCUCACCCAGUCCUAUCAUUCAGCAGUCCAAGGGGGAGGUAAGCCUUAAGGACUCCUAUGACCCUCGAGACACGCUGAACAAUCCACAUGACGAGGAACUUUUUGAGUACUUCGCAGCAUCACAGCUUGCCUUCGUGGAUGUUGAGUCGCUAGAAGUUCACUGUGUAGGUAAAGUUGACCUUUACGAACAGCUGGAGGUCUCUCCAAGCGGGCGGUACUUGUGGUGUGCCACCAUUGGAAAACCGUACUCCUAUGUUACUACCUAUUCUCACUUUCCAACAACCAUUACAAUCUGGACUAUCCAGGACCGCUCUACUGUCUUUGCGAAAACCGUGUCAACACCAGCACGACUACCGGGAGCAAAGGGUCGGCCGCCGGAAAUCGUGAGGAACCGUGUUUCUCGAUGGGGUUACUCAUGGCGAGCGAAUGUUCCAGAAAUGCUUACUUACACCGAAAAGGUUGGCGAGCACUGGGAACUCCUGGGACUGGAGCCUCCAUUCGAGGACCGGCGUCAACUGGUCAAAUCUGACCGCACCAUAGUCCUCACAUACUGGUUUGAGAAGCCGAAUACAGCGCUGAUCAACGAAUAUGAUGGUGACUUCCGAACGUACGUUGUGGAUCUUGAUCAGCCAAAUCAGGCGCAUGAUGUGAUAUGGAGCUGGGCCUUCGACGAUAAGUACAAAGAUCCGGGUUCAAUAGUCCAACGGCGGCUUGCCAACGGGUCUCUCGUGGUUCAUCAAGAGGGAGACACUAUUUUCACAGAAGGCCAAGGUAAUUCGCCUGACGGCCGACGACCCUUCCUGGACGGGCUCGACUUGCAAACGAAGCAGUCUCGUCGUGUCUUUCGCAGCAGUGCGUCCUGCUUGGAGACAUUCCUCUGUUUCACAAGCACAGAAAACGGCGUCCGGAUUCUUACGACACGAUCAAGCGCAGAUGAACCUCUGAACGUAUACCUUUUGAAACAGAGUGGUGAGGUGAGUGCUUCGGCAAGUGAGGCCACGUUGACCUUCUCGAGGGAGGCAAUUACCGCAUAUCAGCAUCCCGCAGCUAUCGUGCGAACGAUUGAAAAGCGGUUCGUCAACUAUCAGCGUAAGGAUGGGGUUAAACUAUCCUUUACGCUCUGGACGCCGCCCGGUUAUCAGUGGGGCACGCGAUUGCCGACCAUAGUCAAUGGGUACCCGCUCGACCACGACGAUGCUGAGUCCGCUGGACAGUUUGAUGGGGAGGACGCCAACCGCUCAAGUCACGACAUACAUAAACUCCUCCCUCUUAUGGGAUAUGCGGUCAUUCGUGCAAAGUUUCCGAACGUUGGCCGGUCCCCCACGAAGUACGACACUCUGCUCGAGCAGAUCGUUAUGAACGCUCGGGCAGCCGUCAAAGAGGCCGUGCGACUAGGGGUGGCAGAUCCCCACCGUAUUGGUAUCACAGGGUUCAGUCAUGGCGGGCUUAUGACUGCCCUCCUGUUGGCGCACACAGACCUCUUUCGCGCUGGCGUUGCCAUGAGUGGGAACUACGACAAGACAGAUACUGCAUUCGGAUUCAACACCGAGAACCGGACUCUCUGGAAAGCGCCAGAACUUUACCGGAAGAUGUCGCCCUUCUUUAUAGCCGACAAGAUCAAGACCCCUCUGCUUCUUAUGCACGGUGCGAGUGACCCGAAUCCGGGCACACCGCCCUCCGCAUCAAGGAAAAUGUACGAUGCUAUUCGCGGCAACGGCGGGACCACAAAGCUGGUUAUGUUCCCACAUGAGCCGCAUUACUAUGCAGCUGGCGAGUCGCUCGAGCACUGUGUGUAUGAGACGUUGACUUGGUUUGACAAGUACGUUCGGGAUGCUGCUCCGCGCGAGGCCACGGCAGACGAGAGCGAUGAGGUAAGCGAUGACGAUGAUGACGAUGAUGAGUAG